AUGUCCGACGCCACCACGUUGAAGCGCAAGGAGCGGGAAGAAGAAGAGGUCGUCGCCCAGACGCUGUACGGCUCGUCGACAAAGCGCAUCGCCCUCGACCUGGAGCAGCUCAACCAGCAGCUGGAGCGGGAAGACCUCGAGCGAACCGCCCCCGCCAUCGGCGACAACGACCACGAAAUGGAGUACGACAACUAUGCCGACGAGCUGAGACCGGUGGCCCAUAAAGAUUCUGACCCCACUUACGUCCUGUUCCGCAUGUACUGCCAGGUUAAAGAGGCGCUGACCAUUGUCGGCAAACGCGGCGAUACCAUCAACCAUAUCCGUGAAAAAGCAAACGUCCGCAUCAACGUGCUGGAGAACUUGAAGAACGUGCCUGAGCGGAUCGUCACCGUUCGUGGUCCUGCGGAAAACGUCGCUCGAGCGUUUGGCUUGAUUACUAGGGUGUUACUUGAUGAACCUGAAGAUGAACCUUAUUCGGUGAUGCUGAAACAGUACCAGCUUAAAUUGCUCAUCCCGCACCCAUUAGUGGGCUACGUCAUCGGUAAACUGGGGCUGAAAUUCAGAGAGAUCGAGGAGAAACUGGCGGCUAAGUUAAAAGCCGCUGAACAACCGUUACCGUUCUCCACCGACAGAAUCCUCAGCAUCACCGGGGUGGGUGACGCCAUCCACAUUGCCGUAUACUACGUGGCCCAGGAGAUCUUGGAACGCAAGGACUGCCUCAAAAAGCUGAAGGUGCUCUACUACAACCCGGUCAACUUCCACCAUGCCAACCUGCAAAUGACGAUGAUGCCGCCCAACCCCAUGGCCAACGUCAACCCCAUGACCAUGCAACCCCGCCACGACAUCUACAACAAGCCUCCAGUGGCUAACUACAACUUCGGCAUGAUGUUCCAGCCAGCAGUGCAACCGCCGUUUGUGCUGCCACCAGCAGCGGUACUGCCUGCACCUGCGGUGGUACCGCCUCAACAAACCUACCAAGAUGAACACGGAAACACUUUAAUUGGUGAAGUAAUCAUCAACCCGCCGGUACCGCUGGGCACCUCUGCCGAUAAAUUUAACCAGGACGUGUUUGUUGCCAACACCCUGAUCGGGCUGGUGAUCGGCAAAGGCGGCAACAACAUCAAACAUAUCCGCGAGAACUCGCAGUGCACCUACGUGCGGAUCGAGCCCGACAAGGGCCAGUCGAUGAUGAUUGGCGGCAAGGGGCUCACCAACGUCCGUAAGCUCACGUUGACCGGGACAUUACAGGCGAUCAACACCGCGGUCUAUUUGAUUAAUCAGCGGAUCCAAGUGGACAAGGAACGAAACGCUCACCCAUAG